UUCCUGGUUCAUUAUGUAAAUAGAUUCCAUAAAACGAGUUUCCAUGUUUCCAACAGUGAACAGAGUGAAUAAAGAGUGACUGUAUAAAGUCUCCUGUCUGAUGAUCUUUGUUUAGCAGAACUGAUUCGUUCAUCAUGUUGCUCUUUGUGCUGCUGGUGAUGAUGAUGGUCAGCUGGACAGAAGCUGGUUAUACUGGCGGUGUGAUUACCCACACCACUAAAGUUGUACAAGGAAACAUUUUUACAUCUGUUCAUCGCUAUAAGUUUGGCUACAGCUCAUGUGGAGAACUUGAGACAUGGUUUUGUUCUGGCUGUACAAAGAAGAUUGAUGAAAGCAGCGGUGAAUGGUGUCUGAGAGAGUACACCGAGUGGUCUGGCAGUAGGAUUUUCUACAAUUACUACCAUGGAGGAUGGGGUCUAACCUGGAUAAAUAACAGAAACGGUGUUUCAUCUGGCCGCAUUGCGAUAUUUGUUGAAGAGAGAAAUCGAUCUGACAUUAACAGACCAAACUCAUCACCACAGACCGACAUCCUUCCUGUUGUGAGAGUUCCCUCAAACUGUCAGAGAAAUAUCAGCUUGUUGACCUUUGACCCUGAUGGAGACCAUGUUCAAUGCAGACAUGGAUCAGGUUACUAUGAAUGCUCCACCUGCACACCUCCGUCUGUCCUCAGUCUCUCAUCAUCUUGUUCUCUUUCAUUCAGUCCAACCAGCAGCAGUGAUGAAGGUUCAUAUGCAGUUCAGCUGGUGAUGGAGGAUUUUCCCAGACAGACAAUCAAUCUGACUCAUGACGAUGGUUCUAUAGUGUCGAUAAGCACCAGCAGUUCGAUGAGCAUAAUCCCUGUCCAGUUUCUUUUUAAAGUGGAUCCUGCAGCUCCGUCCUGCACAGCAGGUGAAUAUCUGCCCAGGUUUCUGCCUCCAACUCCUGAACAUGGAGCUCAGUUCUUCAUAGACAUCAAUGAGAUGAUAGAAAUCAACAUCAGAGCAGAGGCGACUCAGUCUGUGAUCACUGAGCUCCUGUUCAGCGGACCGUUCAACAUGGUCAAGAAUUCAUCUGGAUCAGGAAAUUUCACCCUGAGAUGGACGCCGUCUGUCAGUCAACAUGAUGAUAAAGAAAGCCAUCCCAUCUGUUUUGCUGUCCAGGCAACUGCAAACAGUUCUAUCUACCAGUCUGAGCUUCGAUGUGUCAUUGUGACGGUUUCAAACACUGUGACUUCAACUACUGUUGCUCUCCCUUUGACAACUACAAGUCCUCCUCCUAAAACAUCUCGUCUUACGGUUCUGAAGAUGAAGAUCUCCACUACGCUGUCACUGAAAGAGAAUAAAGAUGAAAUUGAGAAAGCGAUUAAAGAUGAACUGAUCAGACGAGGGCUGCCUCCAGACAUCAAGGUCCGCCUGCUGAGCGACGGUUCAGUGCAGGUUAAAGAAACAGCUGCCCCCUAGUGGCUAAAAAUGAGAAUGACUCUGAUCCCAGCAGAGGAAUAUUACUGGGUUUAUCUGUUUUUACUUCUUGUACUUUUUAAUAAAUCUGGGGACUUAUGUAUAUUUUAAUUAGUGUGGGAAUACAAGUUUAAUCUGAGUGAUUUUUUAAGUGAUGUUAAACAGAAUUUAGUCUUUCAUUUAUGGGUUAAUCAGUUGUAGUUAAUUUAGUAGGGUUUUCAUCCAUUUAUUUUUAAAUUUGUCUUGAUCUUAAACUGAUUAUGUUAUUCAAUUUCUUUUAUGAACAUUAUAUGGUAUGGGUAUGAAUUGUUUGUAAUCAAUCUUCUGUUUAACUCUGACAUGUGGGAUCAUCAAGGGGUCAUCAAGGGGUCAAGAAGAGCACUGUGGUCUCAGAAACCAGUCUGAGGUUGAUUAGGUUGGUAGGGAGGACAACUUAGUGGAUCGCUCCAGUUUACUGAUAAACUCAGUCCCACGUCCUUGAUAAGAAUAUUUUGUUCAAAAUAACACCUGGAUUAUCUCUGGGUAGAAAAUCAUCCUGAAGGAGAACGUCCAUCUCCUGACUGCCAACGUCAGGAAGGCCCAGGUAGAAAACCCACCUGGACAGCCAGGUAUAAAUGUAUGUGAGCUACAACAGUCAGUCAGAUCACCGGCUGAGACACGGUGCUCUCUGAAGACGCUUCUCUAUUUCUUUAUAUAGGUGAUUAAUGUUUCCUUUUGUUAAUCAAUGAUCAUGUUGGUGUGAUUUCAUGGUUUUGAUUGAUUGAAUAAAAUAUUGAU